AGCGACUGAGCAGCUGUCAGGAACCAUGACUGAAGAUGACGGAUUCUGUUGUCGUGGAGGGAUAUGCCAGACUCCGAGAUGGAAAAAAGUGGAAAACUAGGUGGCUCGUUCUUCGCAAGCCGUCGCCCGUAGCAGACUGCCUCCUGCUGCUGGUUUUCAAGGACAAGUCGGACAAAGCGCAGGGCCACAAGGAGAGGGCCAGCGUCACCUUGGAGGAGAUCUGCGGUGUGGAAGCGGGACAGUGGUACGAGGGCGUGGCUUUGACUCUGGCCAUCCUUUGCCUGAACCAGGCUGCUCUACUGGGCUUCGACAGCAAGGAGGCCCUGCAUGCGUGGGACGCCCGGCUGCGCUACAGCCUCGGUGAAGUUCAUAGAUUCAGUGUUGGAGUCUUACCAGGGACCAAGUUGGAGAGCGGACCUGCAACUCUUCAUCUAUGCAACAACCUGCUCGCUCUGGCCAGGGACGUCCCUCCUGUUAUUAUUGGCCACUGGAACCUUCCAGACCUGCGCAGAUAUGGGCCUGUCCCCAAUGGAUUUGUGUUCGAGGGAGGAUCAAGAUGUGGUUACUGGGCCGGCGUUUUCUUGCUCUCAUCUGCUGAGAGCGAGCAGAUCAGCUUUCUAUUCGACUGCAUCGUCAGAGGCAUCUCCCCCACCAGAGGCCCUUUUGGACUGCGGCCAGUUUUGCCAGACCCCGGUGCCAGUCAGACGAAUUCGGAAGAGAGGCUGAACCACGAGGCCCAGGAGCUGGAGAAGAGACUGAGCAUGCUCUCUCACAGGAGCAGCACAGUCUCGUCCACAUACUGCCCGUCUGCUGGGGGAGACGACCGCAGCAUAUCCGGCUCCUCCGACACGUCCGACACCAGCCAAUCAGACGGCAGCGUUGGCAGCCGAAUGGCCGUUUGGACUGAGCCGGCCUCCAACCCGUCUGACAGCGUCAGCCAUUUGGGAGCUAAAGCGGCGUUACAGGGCAUCGAGAAGCUUUCCGUCAACCAGGGAGCUGGAACCCGGCCUGUGGCCAAACCCCCCCGGCAGCUCCAGGAGAUCGGCCGCCAGAGCUCGUCUGACAGCGGCAUCGCCACUGGCAGCCAUUCCUCUUACUCUGGAAGUUUCUCCUCCUAUACAGGCAGCCUGGAUAUCACCACCACGGAGGACUUCGGGUCCGUUUUCAGCUUGCCUCCCCACUUGGCUCAAGAACUGAGCCCUUGUUCUUGCGCCACUGUCCCUGGACAUGAAUACCAAGUACCAACCACACUUAGGUAUCUCUAUGACAGCCCCAGGAGUCUGUUACAGGAGGGAAGCGGGGAUGCUAAAGACGAUGAGCCCUCCAGCCCCGCCUCCUUAGGCCUCACAACAGACUCGGCACAGGAGGAUAAAAGCGGCGCCACGACCUCUGACGGUCACUCAGAAACUCCUGAAAGACAGUCAAAGAGUGAACACUUACAAAUCCCCUCCGAGGAGAGUAGGAAAACCAAGUUGGCCUCUAGUGAACACCCAGACUCCUGUCACAUCUCCAGCUCUCUCGCAUCUGUCUCCAAAACCAUUGUGACGAUCUGCUUAGUUUGUGGUGGAUUUAAGGGGACCUCGUGCAUCCCUGCCAGUGGUUCAGCGAUACCCGCCAUACCAGAUCAAAGUGUUGACAAAUCACCGUUCACCGCCAGUAAAUACUAUAUCGCAGUGAGGAAGGUUCUGGAGAAACCCUGUGCCUCGCCUGGCUCUGGGAACACCCACAGCUUGGAGAAGCCAACAGUGAGGAGAAGGGAGGAUUCACCGCUGCCAAAAACAGGAAGAGAGAAAUUAGUCAGUCUCUUAGCUGAUCUGCUCGGCUUCCCGAAUGCAGAUCGGCAGCUUGAGGCAAAGACGGACAGACUGAACCUUUAUGAGUCCAUGAGCCCCGGUUUGGGAAAUGGCACCUGUGUACCAUUACAAGAUUCAGAGCACGACAACAGAGCUGUCAUUUAUGAAAACUGUUUGAAGUGUCAAGGCGAGCACUGCCGCCCUCCUCCACGGGCCGCCCCCGCUGAAACGAACCGCAACAGGGACGCUUCCACUUUGCACACCUUUCCAACUGGGCUGCGCCUCAAGAAAAGCCAAGAACCCGACGCGGCCGCUCACGAGGAGCCGCUCUACCAAGCUCCCGGUGCCGGCUCGCUACAUGAAGAGAUGACUGGUCCGACAGUGACCAGUGAAGACAAAAGGCUUAAGAGUAAAGAGGAAAGACGCAGAGCUGAUCCUUCUUAUGAGAUCAUGGAGAGUCGUGCGCCGGAGAGGAACCCGGAGGCAGAAGAAAAAAGCAAGUACGAGCUGAUGGGCAGCUGCGGUCAGCAGAGGUUCCUUCAAGAGACUCAAGCCGACUUGCAGUACCUCAACGUGUACGUUGCCACAUUAUACAUGAAGUGUCUGUUGGGUGAUGACGUGGGGGCCGUGUUCGUCUUCCCCCCCGAGGCGGCGCUCCCGGAACGGCCUCGCGGUGAAGGUGUGACGUAUGUGAAUAUUCCCGUUAGUCCCACAUCCAAGAAGCAGCUCAACUACAUAGAGCUGGAGCUGCAGGAGCCAGGUCCUGGUCCCCGAGGGACCAGCUCCACCAAGUACGCCCAGAUUGACAUCACCGCUACAGAGACGGCCCACAAAGUGGGCACGCAGCAUGCCCUGGGACGACAGGAGGGCCUUCACACUCUGGAGCUGAGGAAAAAGGGGACGCCACAUUGA